AUGACACAUUACAACUUCAAAAACAUCGUGGUUGUUCCAACUGUGAAAGACUUCACGGACAUUAUUUUGUCGAAAACUCAACGGAAGACUCCUACGGUGAUUCACAAACAUUCUAAGAUAUCAAGAAUCAGAGCGUUUUAUAUGCGAAAAGUCAAGUUCAUGCAGCAAAAUUUUCAUGAUAUAAACACAAUCAUUACAGAUUUCCCCAAACUAGAGGACAUACACCCAUUUUUUGCAGAUUUAAUGAAUGUUCUUUAUGAUAAAGAUCAUUACAAAUUAGCAUUAGGCCAACUAAGUACUGCUCGGCAUUUAAUUGACAAUGUUGCUAAGGAUUAUUGCCGUCUCAUGAAAUAUGGAGAUUCUCUUUACUGGUGUAAACUAUUGAAGAAAGCUGCCCUUGGAAGGAUGGCAACUAUAAUGAAGCGUCAGAAUCAAAGUCUUCAAUAUUUGGAGCAAGUCUGUCAGCAUAUAUUUCGUUUGCCAUCUAUAGAUCCCUAUACACGUACUCUGCUCAUUUGUGGAUUUCCUAAUGUUGGAAAGUCCAGUUUCAUAAACAAGAUUACAAGAGCAGAAGUUGAUGUACAACCUUAUGCCUUUACGACCAAAUCAUUGUUUGUGGGUCACACAGAUUACAAAUAUUUGCGAUGGCAGGUGAUAGAUAGUCCUGGUAUUCUUGAUCAUCCACUUGAAGACAGAAAUACAAUUAAAAUGCAAGCAAUCACAGCUUUAGCUCAUCUGCGUGCAUGUAUUAUAUUUGUUAUCGACCCUUCUGAACAAUGUAAUCUCAUUGAAGAACUGAUAGAGCUUUUCAGCAGUAUUAAACCUCUGUUUUUAAACAAGCCAACAGCAACUGUUGCUAACAAAUCAGAUAUUAUACAAGUAGAAGAGUUACCUGCUGAAAAAAAGCAAAAAAUUGAGGCUUUAAAGGAAGAGGGUUUCCUAUUUUUGCAUAUGAAAACUUUAAGUGGUGAAAGAGUCAUUGAAUUGAGAAAUGCGGCUUGUGAUUGCUUAUUGGCUCAUCGUGUAGAAGUAAAAAUGAAAGGGAAGAAAGCUGCUGGAAUUUUAAAUAGGCUGCAAGUUCUUGAACCUAAACCAAGAGAUGACAAAUUAAGGCUGCCUUCUGUUCCUGCAAAAGUUCUGGAAAAGAAACAACAAAUGGAUGUUGACUCUAAGAAAGACAAGAAAUUGGAGCGAGAUAUAGAAAUGGAACUUGGUGAUGAUUAUAUCCUUGACUUGAAAAAGAAUCAUGUCAUUCCUGAUGACCAGAAGUAUGAUGUCAUUCCUGAACUCUGGGAAGGACAUAGUAUUGCAGAUUUCAUUGAUCCAGAAUUGAUCAAUGAAAAAACAUUUUCGAAAAUUAAGGAAAAAUUCAUUAAGUUUUUCGAAAAUAGAACAAUUUUAAGUCAUCGUCAACAACAAUUUUCCAACUGUUGCCAAAAUCCUGGCGAGUCGGUUCGAAGCUUUUCCUCUAGAGUUUCUAAUUUAACUGUAAAUUAUUUCGGUGUUCAAAAUACCACUAAAGAAAAUGCAGGACCAAUAGUCGAUCAGACAAAACUAGCAAAAUUUCUAGAAGGAUUGCAAUCGCCUCUUAAACGUUUGGCAUUAAACAGAAAUCCAUCUACAUUUGAGGACGCUGUAGAAAACGCCCUCUUAGAUGAGAUAAAUAUGCAAUUCACUGAUGAAACUGGAAAUUGUAAUAACUGCACAUCUGAACCUCAAAAUGCCCUGGAAACUAAACUUACACAAAUUCUUGAUAAACAAUCCGAAAUUUCAAAUCACAUGAUUAGUACGCUCACCAACCACAUUCAGAAAAUGAGUCUGCAAAAUCAAGAAGCAAGCUUAGCUUAG